UUUGAGACUUUUAACCAACUUCCGGUUCCGGCUCCGUCUUGGAGGGUCAGAUGAGAGAAGAGAGUCCGUGUGAAAAUGGAAGGGGAUGCAGCUUCUCCAAACAUCUUGGGGGAAACUAAAGCUGGAUAUGUCCUGAGUAAUGUUGCCGAGGUCGUGGAGAGGAUUUUGACAUUUGUUCCGACUAAAAAUCUCCUCCGGAUAGCAAGUGUGUGUAGGCUAUGGAGGAAUUGUGCGCGCAGAGUCCUGAGGACGCAGCAGAGACUGACCUGGCUCUCUGCCUCUGGCUCAUCCGUAUACGAGGAGCAUGUUUUGCUUAGAACUAUGGCGGACGACUUGGAGAAGGUCUAUCUGCUGCCCCAGACAGCCCUCCUGAUGGUGGAUGGAGAAAACUUCAAUUUUAGUUACAGACAGAAAAAGGCCAAGAAGUGUGAGAAUGAAGUGGAGUCUGAUCCCGUCAAGAAGCUGAGACGCUUACUGCCUAGCACUUGUGAUGUAGUAGGCAUUGUUGCAUCAGGAAUUGUUGUGACCCCCAGUGGUUCAGCCAGCAGCCCCCCAGAAGAGCAUGAAGAAGGUGAAGCGGGCUUCAGUCUGCUUUUCCCUGCCAUGGAUGGGGUCACCAUCAGGCCUUUUCACUUCUGCAAAAAGACCCUGACUGAUUCAGCAAUGGAGGAAGCAGGGUUGAUUAAUAACCCUGAUCUAAAGGUGGUGCUAAUGUUUGACUAUGAGACCUGGAAAGCUGGGCGCUUUCUUAACAAGCUACUGGAACCUCUUUCUCAAAAUAAUGUACUUAUUGUUGGAGGACAAGUUGAGAGGGCCUUUUCCAAUAACACGACCUGCUGUUCUUCAGGCUCUUUUGGUGCUGUAGGACUGACCUUCAGUGGCUCCAAGAUCCAGGGUGCCUCAGUGCUUGUGGACCAGGAUGUAGGCAGCCCGAAAGCCGCAGAGGCCACAAUCCAGCGGCUGAAGGCUGCUAAUAUCCCAGAGAGAAACACCAUGGGCUUCAUGUUUGCCUGUGUGGGCCGCGGCCAUAACAGCUACAAUAACCAGCGCAACGUGGAGGCUACCGCUUUCCGGAAGAUCUUCCCCAACAUUCCUCUCUUGGGAUUCUUUGGCAAUGGGGAGAUUGGCUGCGACCGUAUCGUCAAAGAGAACUACAUACUGAGCGAGACCGAUGCUGAUGGACUACAGCACUCUUUUACUACAGUCAUGACUCUGGUGCAUUUCGGCUAACACAAACUUAAAACUGGGACUGCAAAGGUCUAGGAAUCCUCUUAUUAACUUAAUCUUUGAAGACAGACACCAGCUGCUUGUUUAAGUUAACAGAGCAGGUCUGAUGGUGACCAGAUAUAAUUCUCCUAGGUUUUUUGCUUUUGACUUUUUUUUUUUUUUCCUUAAAUCAGGAUGCCAAGGAGGACAUUUGACAACAAAAACAUUUAGGGACCCGCAGGUACAACUUUGAGAGCAGGCUAAUUCUAAUUGUUUGAAAAGGUUAUUACAUGGAGAACGGUUCUAGUUUGAAUGGCAUGGUGCUAAACCUUGACCUUGGACUUCAGUUUUAAAUAUAAAACAUUUUUAUUUGUAUAGCAGAACUGAGAUCUGUCAACCAUUCAGGCCUUAAAUACAAAUAGUUUGAAAAAUUCAUGCACUUUUUAGCUAUUCGUGAUGCAAAGACUAAUGAUGUAGCCGUUCAUCAACCUUGGUAUGGCUGAUGGACCUUCAACGAAAAAUCCACAAUCUUCACUGCUUGAUUGCUUCACUUCACCGAUUGCAGGAAAAGUAUUCACAAUGAAAGAAAGGAAAAAAAGCUUAACCCUAUCAGCACAUAGCUAUAUAUAGCAACAAUUGACUUGCUAACAGUUCUUAGGGUCUGUAUUGGAAUAAUAAAGGACAGAAGUGGAAAAAGUAACAUUUCAGUUUACUUAUGCUGCAUGUCCUAAUCAAAUCUCUAAAAAAAAAAAGUUUCAUUCCAACAGGGUAGUCCUCCAUUUCUGUAUUCGUCAGUUUGGAUGAGUUCUUGAAGGUUAAUCGUUUAUUCUGUGAACUAGCUAAAUAACACGUUGUGUUAAUUACAGGUAAGUAAAGUCUCAAAGGGCUAUCGUCCUGCAUUCUAGAGAUGUACAGUAUAUUUGCUGCAGUAUUUAGAAGGUUGAUUUAAACUGUUGUUGCAGAAUCUUUUUCCCAACUUUCUUAAGAUUAAGUAGAUAAUUCUUGGCUUUGCAUUAAGGAAAGUAAGUUUUACUACUGUCUUGUAUUUUUACGGCGGUGUAUUGUUUUUUUCUUCAUCUGUACCUGCUGCUGGGCUGUGCAGUGAUUGGCCCAUAAUGUCUGCAUGUAUAUAAUAAAAUAAAUGAUGUCACUAACUGUU